CGCCUUGGGGUCCUGCCGGAGGAGCUGGUGGACAAGGCCGGGGAGAGGACGGUCUGGAGCUCCCUAGUUGGGAUGCUGCCCCCGCAACCCGGACCCGGAUAAGAGGAGGAAGACGACGACGACGAUGUUGUGCCUAUUGGUGGGCAAAUGAUUAUUUGUUGGUGGUGUCAGUGUUUUAUAAUCCCUGUGGGGAUGGCCAUAAAGUGUGUAUGCAAGGAACAAAAAUUAUCCAUACAUUCAUAUUUAAAUCUGGAGUCCUGUAGUCUGUUUAAUUACAUCGUUACUAUUUCUGUAUAAACUUAUUCUUUCAAUUGUAUUGUUCGCAUUGAAAGGUUUUAAUGAUAUGAAUCAACCCCCAAUCUCCUCUGCUGGAGCCUGUGGGGGGCUGCUGCGGACCGGUGUCGGUACAGGAUCGGCUCGGGUGCAACAUCGACUCGGGGUCCUUCGACUGCCGAUGAAGUUGCAUGACUGCAAAUCGACUCGGCUUUCACACACAGGUUUUGGAAAGACAUCAGCAGUUUUGUUAAUUCUUGUUUGUUAACACCUAAAUGUUUUCUUUAUAAUUGUAAUUUGUUAAUAAAACACCAUAUUAUUUUUGUUUUGUAAAGAAUGUGAAACUGCAUAAAACCAACAUCGGACUGACAAACAACAGAACAGUUCUUAUAUGUGAAGCCACGUCUGUUUGUAUUAAUGUGGAGUUCGUCUGUAUAUUUCCUUAGUUAUCUAAAUACAUUCUUUGACUCUAAAUGUUGCUUGGUGUCUUUCAAUAAAGUUCUUAUAUUUUAUUUUGCCCCAUUUCAUCAACAUCAAGAGCUUAUGAGGGUCACCGUUUAUCAUUUGCUUAUAUUUUACAUUUCCUUUAGAAAUUCAAACAUAUUUUCUCCAAAAAGUGUUGAUUUUUGGACUACAGGACUACAACCGCAAGUUUGUUCUGACCAAUCAAAAUCAUUACGUGAGAACGUCACUUCCGUAAGCUUCAUGUUCAGCCAAUCAACUACUUUGAUGUCAUCGGCAGUCGAAGGACCAUGAGCCGAUCCUGCACCCGAGCAGAUCUUGUACUGACACCGGAUCCGACCCAUAUCGCUGCCAUUAUUGAUACAUUUCCCUUUUCUGACCGCCAGGGGGGCUCAACAGGCACAUGGGGGCGUGUUUGGCAUAUGGGCCUCCCUCACUGAAGAACCAUUUAGACCUUUAUUUUGAAGGUACACUGGGUUGCUUCAUUUCCGGGAUAAACAAACCGCCCUCUUCUGAUUGUGCCUGUACUUUAGAAUUUUAAUGUUAAAAUGUUGGACAGUUUGGUGUUUAAUUCCGAAGUAAAGUCCAUUUUGGAGACAAUGAUAGGAACUGCUGUCGACGUUUUGGGGAGUUUGAAGGAAGACGUCUCUGAAAGGAAGCUAGCGAAAACGCGCGGGCCAGACUUUAACAGUGUAGUGGGAAUGUUGGUACGAGAGGUGACCAGAAAGAUCAGCGACAUCUUCUCCCAGCUGUCUUUGCUGCUCCUCUCUGAGAACUCGGCUCUGAAGGCCCGAGUAGGACAGCUGGAUGCCGAGCUGAAGACUGUGGCUGAAAGCUUGGAGAAUGCUCAAAUGUGGAGAGAAAACGUCCUGAAGGGCUGCCCGGUGCUGUUUGAGGAGAGCGGGAUUAUCUUCACCCUGAAGCCUUUUGGGAAGCUGACGAUAAAAACGGGUCACGUCUCUGAGGGAGGCGCUGAGUCUUCACCAGCUGCUCCUCAGGAAGAAGAUCAGGAUCUGACUCAGCAGCAGGAUGUGGAGCACCUCGGUCUUUACGGUCUGAGUUCUCCUUCAGAUGAAGCAACAGAGGAACUUUCAUCUCAAUCAACUGAACCCAAAGCAGUAGAAGGUUUUGCUGCCACAGACGCCGUGCAGCCGGGAAACAACGAAGGAGAAUCUGUGGUCAAGAAGAGUAAAGGGAAUGUGUUCGUAUGUGAGGUCUGUAGCAAGAACUUCUACCGUCAGUUCCACCUGAUGAAGCACAUGAACACCCACCAAGAACAAAGGCCGUUCGCCUGUGACCAGUGCCCCAGGAAGUUCAGGAACGCAGAAACGUUCGAGCACCAUUUGCUGCGACACGAAGAGAAGAAACACGCCGCCUUCAAGUGCCAGCUCUGUGAGAAGUCGUUCAAAACCAAAAUGUGUCUGAAGUCUCACCAGCUCGUGCACACGGACACUCGUGCGUUCAGCUGCUCCACCUGCAGGAAGGCCUUCAAAACGAAGCACAACCUGCAGGCUCAUCAGGUGGUGCACCUGGCUGAAAAGCCACACAAAUGCAUCGAGUGUGGGCGGAGUUUCAGGUACGCCAUUGGCCUGCAGUGCCAUCAAAGCGUCCACACCGGCGAGCAUCCUUACAAAUGCACAGUGUGUGGGAAAGCCUUUACAAGCAGGAGAUCAUUCCGGACACACCAGGCUGUGCACAGAGGGAAGGUCUUCACGUGUGAGACGUGUGGUGCAGGUUUCACCCUGCAGCAAAACCUCAGGAGACACAGCCGCAUCCACACAGGUGAAAAACCCUUCAGCUGUCGAGUCUGUGGGAAGAGAUUCAUGCAGGACAACAAGCUGAAAGCACACAUGCUUCUUCACGGAGCAAAGAAAAUGUUCAUGUGCGAUCAAUGUGGUAAAACCUUUCUGUACAACUGCCAGCUGAAGAAACAUCAGGAAGUGGCUCACAGUGAAGAGAAAGUCUUCAGAAGAAGAGCUCAUGAGCGAGGCAGCCGCAGAGUUAUCUAUCGACGGGACAAGACGACCGUAGACGUCACUCCGUUCAGCUGCAGCAUCUGCCACAAAGGCUUUGACACAGCAGGGUCACUGAAGAGACACGAGCUCAUUCACAAAGCUGACAUGCAAUACACCUGCGACAAAUGCAACAAGUCUUUUUUCUACAAAGCCACCUAUAAAUACCACCUGCUGAUCCAUUCAGGAGAAAAGCCGUUUGCUUGUGACGUGUGCGGAAAAAGAUUCCUCAUCUUUCAGGCACUCAAGUCCCACAAACUGCAGCACUCUGGAGAGAAACCACACAAGUGUGAGCAGUGUGGUAAGGACUUCAGGACCUACACCAACUACCUACGACACCUCCGGAUCCACACCGGGGAGAAGCCCUACGAGUGUGAGGUCUGUGGGGUUCGGUUCCGGCAGCUUGCACACGUCAAGUUCCACAUGCAGGUCCACACAGGAGAAAGGCCGUACUCCUGUAGCAGCUGUGGGCUCCGAUUCUCAGACUCCAGGCUGCUCAAGAAACAUAACUGUAGUGAGAAAAUGUUGGGGGAGCCCGAUCAAAAUGUCCUGAAAACAUCUGGUCAGCUGCAAGGUUGAAAACGAGUCCUCUUUUUAGUCUUAUGUUGAGAUUUGAAAUAUUUCAUGUUUUUUAAGCCAGAACAAAAACACAAGUGGUUAUUAAAUCCUGUGUAAUGUGA